AACGAAGAUUUCGAGUUUUAAAACUGCUUUUCUGCUUUGCUCUCUCUGAACCUCAGUUUCAAGAGUAGCAAACCCUAACGCCUCUUUUGAUUAUUCCCACUUGCAAGGGUUUCUCUUCGCUUCUCAAGAUAUUCACCCAAUUCUAAGUUUCAUUGCUGGAGUUUAAUAGAGUUAUGAUGGAUUUUGAUGAAUAUGAGUAUUUAGAGAAAACUGUUGAAAAUCCUGAAUUUAAUAAGGAGAAGCAAAAUGGUGGGGACAGAACUGUGAAAUCUGAAGAGAGGGGCCAUAGUAGGAGUUCCAAGCAUAAGGGUAUUGAGAAGGACGAUGAUGUUGAUUACCAUUCCAAGCAUCUGAAAUCUGGAGAUGAUUCUCGUGAUCAUGACAGGUCGAAAGAAAGAGGCUCGUCUCGCCAUGGUUCACAGUCUAGAGAUGGAGACAAGGAGAAGGAUCAGCAUAGAAGCUCUGGGGGUAAUAGGGAUAGGAAGAGAGAUAGGGAAAGAGACAAUGAGGACAAGUAUGGAAGGGAGAGAGACAGAGACCGGGACCGUGACCGUGACCAAGAAAGAGACAGAAGAGACCGGGGGAGUGAGAGUGAACGGGAAAGGGAGAAAGAGCACUCGCGGCGAAGCAGAAGUAGAUCUGAAAGGCAUCCAAGUCAUCUGGAUGACAAAGACAAAGAGACAAGUCGUGACAGAGAAAGAAGCCGGGAUAAGGAUUACAAAGAUAGAGAAAGGGUGAGGGAAUCAAGGGAACGAGAUAGAGAAAGCAGACGACCUAAAGAGAAAAAGGAAGAAACAACAGAACCUGAGGUUGAUCCUGAAAGAGAUCAAAGAACUGUGUUUGCUUAUCAGAUUUCUCUGAAAGCAGAUGAAAGAGAUGCAUAUGAGUUCUUCUCAAGGGCUGGCAAGGUGCGAGAUGUUCGCUUGAUUAUGGACCGCAAUUCAAGACGUUCUAAGGGUGUUGGAUAUAUUGAGUUUUAUGAUGUCAUGUCUGUCCCCAUGGCAAUAGCACUUUCGGGCCAACCUCUUCUUGGUCAACCAGUGAUGGUGAAGCCAUCAGAAGCUGAAAAGAAUUUGGUUCAGUCCACAACAUCUGUUGCUAGUGGACCCACUGGAGUUAUAGGCCCUUAUUCAGGGGGAGCAAGAAGGCUGUAUGUUGGCAAUCUGCAUUUCAAUAUCACUGAAGCUGAUCUUCGCAGGGUCUUUGAAGCAUUCGGUCAGGUUGAGCUAGUUCAGCUGCCUCUUGAUGAUAGUGGGCACUGUAAAGGUUUUGGCUUUGUUCAGUUUGUGCGCCUUGAAGAUGCAAGAAAUGCCCAGAGCUUGAACGGUCAAUUAGAGAUUGGUGGCAGGACAAUCAAGGUAUCGGCUGUUACUGAUCAAUCCGGCAUGCAAGAAGUUGGUGGAAAUACUGGUGAUUUUGAUGAUGAUGAAGGAGGUGGCUUGUCCCUGAAUGCAUGUUCGAGAGCAUUACUCAUGCAGAAGUUGGAUCGGAGUGGCACUGCAUCAAGCAUGGUUGGUUCCCUUGGUAAUUCUGUUGUCAACAGCUCAAGUCUUAAUCUACCAGCAACAGGAAACAUACCAGCAGCAGCAGCUCUUCUGGGAGCAGCAUCUGUGGGUUCUCCACUGGUUUCCCCCCUUUCUUCUGUUCCUGCAGUAGCUGGAUUGCCAGGUGGAGGUCUCCAAAUUCCCACUGCUACAAUCCCUUCUAUUGAUACAAUAGGUGUUCCAAGUGAAUGCUUAUUGUUAAAGAAUAUGUUUGAUCCCAAAGAUGAGGACGAACCAGAUUUUGAUUUGGAUAUUAAGGAAGAUGUUGAAGCAGAAUGCUCCAAGUUUGGGAAAUUAAAACACAUAUAUGUUGACAAGAAGAGUGCUGGUUUUGUCUACUUAAGAUUUGAAGAUACCCAAUCCGCUGUAAGUGCACAGCGGGCCUUGCACGGAAGAUGGUUUGCUGGGAAGAUGAUCACUGCAAGCUUCAUGGUGCCCCAGUCAUAUGAGGAUAAAUUCCCAGAGAGCAGAUAAAUUCAUGGAAUCAGUAUUAGGUAGUUGUUGCAUGAGAGGAGUAAUCUCGUGGCAAAAACAAUCAUCUUCAGAUUUAAACGUCCUAUUAUAGUAUUACAGUUGUAGCUUGGCAGUGUUACUGAUUGAGAGAAGGGUUUUGUGAUUCUUGGAAACACUCGUUUUAUUCGACUUCGGCUAAUUGCAAUCACACAAAGUUUUGAUGUAUAUGCCUAUAAGGAAACCACUGAGGAGUUAGUUAAGACAAGUUUAGCGUUUUCUUUUUGUUGUCGGUUAACAAGUUUAUGAAGAGAUAAGAUAAUGCUACUC